CACAAAGCCCAGGCCCAGGGCCAGGGCCAGGGCGCUCAGUCCAGCGCAGUGCAACUUGCAAGUUCAAGAAGUUGCUGGCGCAGGCAGUAAACCACAGCUCCGAGUCAGAGAAGGAGAGCUGUGACUCUGUGAGGGCAAGGCGGAGGAGAAGCUUUGGGUCUGGGUGCAAAAAGCAACCGACCUUUGCUGGUCACGGGGCGCUGCGAGCACCUCACCAUCUUGUGACUCCCAGCCGAAAUAUGCUGGCCCUUGGCUUCGAAGGCAGCGCCAACAAGAUUGGCAUUGGCGUCGUGCGGCUGGAUGGCCACAUCUUGUCCAACCCGAGGCGCACUUACAUCACGCCCAUCGGGCAGGGCUUCCUGCCAAAAGAAACGGCGGCCCACCACCAGAAGCACAUUCUCGAAAUUGUGAGAGAAGCCUUGGAACAAGCCAAUGUUACCCCAGAGCAGUUGGCAUGUCUGGCGUACACAAAAGGGCCAGGCAUGGGGGCUCCCCUGCAAACCGUCGCAAUUGUCGUGAGGGUUCUGUCGCAGCUUUGGGGUAAGCCGAUUGUCGCCGUGAACCACUGUGUGGCCCACAUUGAGAUGGGGAGAGUGGUCACUGGUGCUGAGGAUCCUGUGGUGCUGUAUGUGAGCGGGGGUAACACGCAGGUGAUUGCAUAUUCAGAGGGCAAGUACAGGAUUUUUGGGGAGACAAUCGACAUCGCUGUGGGGAACUGCCUGGACCGCUUUGCGCGCGUGAUAAAGGUGUCAAACGAUCCAAGCCCCGGGUACAACAUUGAGCAGCUGGCCAAGAAGGGCAAUCAGCUGGUAGAGCUGCCAUACGUGGUGAAGGGCAUGGACGUGUCAUUCAGCGGCAUCCUCAGCUUCAUCGAGGACGUCGCCAACUCAAAGCUGAAGACGGGGGAGGUCACAAAGGAGGACCUCUGCUUCUCGCUGCAGGAAACCAUCUUUGCCAUGCUAGUUGAAACAACGGAGCGGGCCAUGGCCCAUUGCAACAAGCAAGACGUCCUUAUUGUGGGGGGGGUGGGCUGCAACGAACGAUUACAGGAGAUGAUGAGGAUAAUGGCGUCAGAACGGGGGGGUCGAUUGUACGCUACAGAUGAGCGGUACUGCAUAGACAAUGGCGCAAUGAUUGCGUACACGGGCUUGCUCGCAUUCUCGCAAAACUUGGUUACACCACUUGAAGAUAGCACAUGCACGCAAAGGUUUCGAACGGACGACGUGCAAGCGAUCUGGAGGGAAGCGGAACACAGAAAGGAAAAGCAGAGAGAACACCCUGUCCAGAAUGGAUCCAACUAAACGAAUCAGAACGACUUGAACUUCGGGUGGUGCACUACUGGAAACUGAGUUCGCCUCCAAUCUGGACGUGACUAUCGAUGAAUAUCUAAGUAGGUGAACUGACAUGUGGUGAACGUCUAUUGUCAAAACAGUUAGAGCGUUUCUGGUCAAAACCGGCCUCGAUUAGAUUCUCAUGCAUGCACCCAAUAGAACAUGUUUGUGUAACGGUUGCCGCUGCGCCCUUGUUCUUAUGUGCUCUGGCUAGUCACAACCCCCGUGUAAGAACAACAAAAAAAACGGCGUGCCCCCAUUGAAGG